GGGGCUUCUCCUCUCCGUGGUUCCUCUUUUUUCAUCUGCCACUCAUCCCUCUCGUCAUUUCUCCUAUCUUUGGCCGAGUCAGCCGGUUGGACUGGACGUCAAACGGGCGGUGCGAGACUCGUGUUUACAUUUUUUUCACUUGCAGGCAGCUGACAGCGGGGAGGACAGGAUACCGGAGCCGUGCAUGAGCAUCACGGGGAGGUGACUAAGGCAGGUACCCACUGCCGGAUAACGGUUAACGGUGACGGUGCUGUUUCUCUGUCUAUCAGUCUGACUUUGAAGGAGCUCUGUCUUUUUCCAUUAUCAUCCGGUUGCAGACAUGAGCGGAAGAGUAGGAGACCUCAGUCCUAAACAGGCUGAAGCACUGGAGCAGUUUCGAGAGAGGAUACAAGACAUUCUUCCUCAACUUCCUGCACAGCAUGACCACUUCCUGUUACGCUGGCUCAGAGCCAGAAACUUCAAUGUGCAGAAGUCAGAGGCCAUGCUGCGAAAGCAUUUGGAGUUCAGGAAACAGAUGAAAGUAGACACAAUCAUCACUGAGUGGCGUCCACCAGAGGUGAUAGAGAAGUAUCUGUCAGGAGGGAUGUGCGGCUUCGACCGCGAGGGCAGCCCCAUCUGGUACGACGUGAUCGGACCGGUGGACCCCAAAGGCCUCUUCCUGUCGGCCUCCAAACAAGACUUCAUCAAGUCCAAGAUCAGAGACUGUGAGAUGCUGCAGAAGGAAUGUAACCUCCAAUCACAGAGGCUGGGGAGGAAUGUGGAGUCAAUCACUAUGAUCUACGAUGUUGAAGGUCUGGGUCUGAAACACUUAUGGAAGCCUGCUAUAGAAACAUAUGGAGAGAUCCUCCAGAUGUUUGAAGACAACUACCCAGAGGGUUUGAAGAGACUGUUUGUUAUUAAAGCCCCCAAACUCUUUCCUGUGGCUUACAACCUCGUCAAGCACUUCCUGAGCGAGAACACAAGACAAAAGAUCUACAUUCUUGGGGCUAACUGGCAGGAGGUUUUACUGAAGUACAUCGAUGCAGAGGAGCUGCCGGUGAUAUACGGGGGCAAACUGACGGAUCCUGACGGAGAUCCUCGCUGUCGGACCAAGAUAAAUCACGUCGGCCCAGUUCCCUCCUCCUACUAUGUGCGGGACCACGUUAUGGUGGACUACGAGCAGUGCAUGACCGUCAGUCGAGGAUCCUCCCAACAGCUGGACUAUGAGAUCUUGUUCCCAGGCUGCGUCCUCAGGUGGCAGUUUGCCAGUGAGGGGGCAGACAUCGGCUUUGGGGUGUUUGUGAAGGCUAAAAAGGGUGAAUGGAAGAAGGCGGCUCAGAUGCAGGAAGUUGUGCCCAGCCAGCGCUACAACGCCCACUUAGUGCCUGAAGACGGAUCACUGACCUGUGAACGCCCCGGAGUCUAUGUUCUCAGAUUUGAUAACACAUACAGCAUCUUCCAGGCCAAGAGAAUCAGCUUUACUGUUGAGGUGCUGCUCCCAGACCGCUUACAGCCCCCACAGACCAACGGAGGGUCCAGCAACCACAUGCAAGCUGAGGGCAACAGCCAGUCAUGAGCUUCCAUGUUGUCACAGUAAUGUUUAGCUGCGAGUAAGCACAGCCUGAGAUACUUGAUUUGACCGAGAAAACGCAACAUGCUGCCAAUACAUACAAAUAAAUAAUAUAUCUAAAUGUUUAAUGACCUAAUUUAUGUGAUGUUCAUUUAGAAACAUCUCCUCACAGACUCCCCACUGAAAAACAUCUGUGAAACACACUGAUCUCCAAAACAUAGAUUCAUGUUUUACUUACCUUUGCCAG